AUGCCGUCGCUUAUACCCGUUGCGUCGAAUUCACGGACCACAGUACCGCUCAGUACAGAUAACAGUAAUGAACUGCAACCAAACAUCGGGACUCCGUUCCAGAGCAUGGCCUCUGGCUUCCCGACAUUCGGUAGCUUCAACCAUGUCCAGAGCAUCGGCAGUAAUCACCGAGGCGUCGACGAAAAGAGGAGAAUCGUCAUGGCUUUGAAGUCCGGCAUGGAGAGCGAGGUGGAUUGGGUCUUAAACACCUUGGCGAGAAACUCCAUAAAUCCAUAUUUGCAAUUGGAGAGAGAGACGUUUGUUGCGCACGAGUUGAUCACCUACUUGUACAAGCCGUACCAGCUUAUCCACGAUAAACACUAUGAGGCUGUCGAUCAACAAGUAAUGUCGCAUAGUUUGGAUGCGCUUUUGACGUUGCGAAACUCGGCGCAAGACUUGCGCAACCAGCAAUGGCUAUCUCAAGUUCCAACAUUCAAGAAGCAGUUGGUGGAAAUGGUCAAGAUACUCGCCAACUGGUUCUUUAAGCCGGGGCAGCCGCACGAACUCGUGCAAUUUGACAAUCAGUUUUUCGAAGCUUUAAACUACGUUAUUGACUUGUUGGAGCCAUUGACGAGCUACUACGUCAAUAACAGCAAAGGCGACGCCUUAUUCAACGCGCUUUUGCAAAUUUUAAUGUCUACAAACGACAAGAAUGUGUUUAUCAACACACUUAAAUGCGUGUCCCAUUUGCUAAUCACUUGGGACAAGAAUACCAAGUCGACCGAAGAGGAAGAGGAAGAUGAAGAUGGAGAAUACGAGGAUUACAACGACCAUGACCAUGACUAUGACGGCAAUAACAACAACAACAACAACAACAACAACGACGAUGACGAUGAUGGCGACGACGUGAAUCUAGGGCAAGACGAAGACGACGUUAAGGUCACAAACAAUUGCAUCGACGCAAUGACUAGUCGGCACUUGGAAAACAUCGUGGAAAAGCUCUUGGUAGCUGACAAUGAGAUCAGUUUCGCAGUAUUGGAUUUUUUGAAAAUGUAUCUUUUCUCGCAAGCUCUUCACGAGGACCAUUCGCUGUCGAUCAAGGAAACACAAAAGUUUCGAUUGAGGAAAUUGUUGCAACUUUCCACCUCCAAGGCCAAUUACGAGACUUUGAUUAAGCAAUUGCCCCGUUUGUUGUUAUCGGAUUUAACAUUGCAAGAACCUCCCCAACCUCGUCAGACCCCAAUUUUCAAUUUGUCCAAAAGAACUCAGUAUCACGGAGCGCCAACCACGGCACCAGAAUUGGCACCUGAUCUUUACCGGAUCUUGCUCAAGUUCCCCGAGCCUGCGAGAGCUACAACCUGGUUGCACUGCUGCUACGAGCCCACCAAGAGCGAACAAGUGGAAGUCACCCAAAUCUCGAUAUGGAAAGCCUAUGAAACGCAAUUCCAAGAGGUUUGGAAACCAGAUUUUGUUAACCGGACCCCGAAUUUGAACCAGUUGUUGCCCGCGGUGGACUUUAUCAAGAACGUAACCAAGGCGUUCCCCUUUGCAGAGGCGAAAGUUUUGAACGUGGGGCAAGUGGGGGAAAAUGCACCGAAGAAGAAAUUCAUCAUCAAGGGGAUCCAACCAAGACAAUUCCCGGUUUCGAUAGAGAUUGGAAACUACGAGUCUUUGAAACCCAUGGCUGAAGACCCAGCAGCAGCAACAACAACAACAACAAUAACAACAACAACAACAACAACAACAACAACAACAACAACAACAACAAACACAGCAGCAACACAAGAAAGCGAUAGCACUUUACCAGUGGGACACGUGGACAUCAAAGGUUUCGACACUUUUGUAGCGGAGGAGCCGGCAAACAUCUUGGCAGAAACCAACCGAGUUUCCAGAACCCAGUUGAAUGCCAUGAAUGAAACAAGCCACGAUUUACUCGACUAUAUAAUCAGCGAAGUGCUAGACCAGCAUCACGAGAGCAUCCACGAUCGAGACGCAGCAGCUGCCAACUUUUUCCGGAUCCACAACAGCCACUGGUUUCCAGGAGUCGUGUACGCAAACCCCUCUUUGAUUGAAAUCGGGUUGGUCAAUAGCAGCUGGUUGAAAUAUUUGAUCUAG